AUGCUUAUCAAUGUAACUUUCUGUACCAAAACUUACGGUUCAGUUAAAUCUUACAAUCUGGAGAAAAAUAAUAACAUUCAAUAUAAUCUGCACUAUUUUUUCAUUUAUUGGACUUGCUGUCUGCCUCUUUUUAUUUCAAUCGCUAAGCAACAAAAGUGCUCCAAAUAUUGACUUUUUUGCGUUUUCAGUUUGUUUAGACCAGUCAAUUAA